AUGGAGAAGGCAAAUCUAGACCCAACUUACUCGACAGAGUCUCAAAUCAUGCCACAGACCCGGAAUCAGGGCUACAGUAGUCCACCAUCCUCUCAACAUAACGAUUCCGGCAAGGAUCAACUAGACCGCGUCCGCACAACAGCAACUAUGCAGAUUUCCCCAGAGCUGUUCGAGAAGCUCUAUCUCUCUCCUCAGAACAAAGUUCAUGGAGAUUUGCGUAAAACUUUUGGCAACCCAACCCCGAUUGCGGUUCUCGGCUUCCUGGUAUGCUUAACCCCAUUGAGCAUGGAUCUAAUGGGAUGGCGAGGUGCUGGUGGUGUCGGUGCCGCUCAAGUGGCCAGCUACUACUUCCUAGGAGGCAUGCUUUCACUUGUCGGCGGCAUCCUCGAGUUCUUUUUGGGCAACACAUUUCCGUUUGUGGUAUUUACAUCUUUCAGUGGAUUCUGGUUUAGUCUGGGAGGAACACUUACGCCAUCCUUCAACGCUAUGGGAGCGUAUUCCUCAUCCGGCACCAGUGCCGUCGAAGGCGGCACGACUAUGGGGUUCAAUGCUAGCUUCGGUUUCUAUCUCCUUGCAUGGGGCUUCAUCACAUCCAUCUAUCUUAUCUGUUCGCUCCGAACCAACGUGGUCUUCGUAACGCUAUUUACGUUUUUGGAUGCGACAUUUGGCCUUCUUGUCGCAGUAUACUUUAACGUUGCAAAUGGAAAUGCUAAACUAGCCGGUGAUUUACAGAUUGCCGCUGGCGCAUGUGCUCUGUUGACCUGCGUCCCAGGUUGGUAUAUUCUACUUGCCCAGAUGCUUGAGUCCGUCGAUUUCCCGUUUCAACUGCCCGUGGGUGACUUGAGUCAGUUUAUUGUCUCGGGUUCUGAGAGUCGGUCGCGAAAGGCUGGCACUAGUGCUAGUGUUGACGACCGAGUUUAA